AUGAAUGAGGACGGCGGAAAUUCACGCACGGGUCCUGAGGCAAAGAUGUUGUGGCAGUUCCUUGGCGGACUCGUCAAUCUCCAGACUCUGGCGCUCGAGGUGGACCUUGAAUCCUUUGAUGCAGACACCAUCGAGUUGCCUCGUUUACAUAGCCUGACUAUCAAGUCAGGCUCAAUGACAUCCUGGGCUGUGGAAUUUCUCGGCAACACCCAAAUGCCUGAUCUCCGAAUCUUAACCUUAUGUGCAACUACGGAGGAUUCUGACAGUGUCGAAGGUCUCCUUGACGGCGUAUUGCUCGAUCUUACCGGUUCUGAGGCUCCUCUGGAGCUGGAUGAACUCCAUCUCUUUAAUUUCGUAGAUCCAGAUACUGAGCUUCUUCAUCGCCUGUACGCCCAGAUGCCCACGCUUAAAACUUUGACAUUGGGACCAGGGGCGAAUGCCAACAAUCUCGCCCUUGCAAUGGGACUGCUUCCCACACCCAACGAACUUGGAUUACCGCAUCCCCCUCUCCCUGGACUUCAGACACUGGUCGUGUUUGACAUUCCAAAACAACUCGUACGGCGCAUCGUACGAGAACGACAGUCCCUCGCUGGUCCGUUGGUGGAGCUUUACUGUCGUUACCGUGGAGGCCAUGAGGAUGGGGGCGUCCCAGAUGAUUGGCAACACCAAGUCGGGAAAUACCAUCAUAUUGAUCGCUUGAAGUCUGCUCGUUACACUGACGUGGUUGCCAGGCGGUGGUCAUAA